UCUUUCCCCCUGUCUCAUAUGACUGAGACAGCUACUCCGGGAGAGAACAUGGAACUUGAGUGCGGAGUUUGUUACCAGAUUUACAACGCCGGGCGACGGUGUCCGCGAGAACUAAGAUGUAAACACAGUUUUUGCGAAUGCUGCUUAAAUUUACUCGCUCAGUCGACAGCACAUGAGAUAGGCCGUGUGUGUACCGCUGAUGUACCAGCUGAAGUUACAAUUGUCUGCCCAUUGUGUCGGUACCCUACCACCCUCCCUGGUGGUGAGGUGAGAAGACAGCUACAGGUAGACGAAGACCUGUUUGAGCGCAUGGUAUCAAGUGGUGUCCUCGAUGACAGCAUGUCUGAUGAUGAAGAGGAUCCAAAGAAGUCUACACAAGAAACAGUCCCCAAACGCGAGGAGAACAUAACGGAGAGCAAUUCGGAUACGGAUGUGGUGCCCCCGUCCAGAGGGAAAAGACUUUGGAGAUCCUUCAAACGUUUCUGUAACAAAGUCCUAAUCGGUGGCGGUGACGACCCGGGAGACAGACAUCAUGUUUCUGAUGAAGAGAUGAGGGAUCUUGUGUUGAUGGCGUGUAUGAUGUGAAUGAAGAUGGACCUACUUGCAUCCCUUGAGAGACUGAUUUCUGAAUGUUGGCCAACUAAGUGUUUCAUGUGAUACACCAUCUUUGGUCCUUCUCAAGUGGUUAAAAUGGACCACACCUGGUGCUGCUUCGGGAUUCUGAACAGAAUAUCCUUAGGCCUAUUGUGUUUUGUUUUUUUUUUGUGUGUUUAUUUUUUUAAUCAAAUUAAUUAAAAGAAUGCGUCUUAUGAGAAUCUUAAGAACAUUAAGUUAUUAUGUAUUUUUUAAAACGACACACAAUGCGUGCCUCUUGAUAAACAUUGUUUUGUUAUACUGCAUAGUUUGACUUAGGUUAGUGUUUUAUACUAGCUGAAAAUUAUCGUUUAUUUAUUGAGCUAAUAUUUUAAAAGCUAUUUAUUUUAGCCCAUGUAUUAGUCUGAUUAUGUAAUUAGACCGCGCUGUUGUUCAUGCAGAAUAAACGACGAAACCUCA